AUGAAACACAAUUUCCACCUUUACAAAUUCGAGAAAACCUUUAAUGUAGAAUAUAUAGAAAAGUUAUUUUUCUUUCGGCAUGUCGCGACCUCUCAAGUGCUCAUUAGUCCACAAGUCAACAUGAAGAAUAGAUAUCUUCGACAAACGCUUAACCCGGCACUUCGCUCUCAUCAACUUCGUAAAGAUCUUUGGCAGCCUUUCCUUGGAGUCUGCGGCUUCAAAAGUGAAGCUUCAAGGAUUUCUUUGCUAAAUUUCAUUCGCUUCAGACUCGAGAAUAAACCAAAACCGCCCGAUUACUAUCAACAACCGAAACGUUUACGUGAAGUCGAAGACAUGAAAGAAAUCGAGUACAGUGUACUCGCAUUCUGUGAAGGAAUUAAAGAAUUGAUUAAACGGAAAUUGGAGGAUCCAGAUCAAAGUCAAUUACUAUUGUUUUGGGAAAAAUGA